CAUAUACUCUCACAAACCAAACAUAGCUAAAACCACAAUCUUUUGAAGAAAGAAAAAAAAAACAAGUGUCGCCACCAUGACAGAUCCUUCACGCCACCAUUGUUAACUUCCUCACCACAGUGUCCCCACCAUCCUCCACCAGCAGUAACCCACUCUCUAGGUAGCAACCGUUUGAGAUUAUUGAUUAAAUACAAAGAGAAUCAAUUAGUAGGGUUUAACCAAGGUUUUAUUCAUCAAUAUAAAUCAUAGAAUGGGGGAGUUGUCAAAGAACCAGAUUUUCGCUGUUCACGGGAUUGCCGGUGCUGGGUCCAUAGCUUUAGCGACAGCUUUCACCUAUCCUCUUGAUACUAUCAAAGUCCUCAUUCAGGUUGGUUCUAGUGCUGGUAAAGAAUUGAAUGCUAACCAGGUUGUUACCAGGGUAAUCUCUGUGUCUGGUAAUGCAGGUAUGUUUGGUGGAUUUGGUUGGUUGGCAAUUGGGAGGGUUUUUGGUCUAGGAGCACGAUUUGGGGUUUAUGAAAUCUUGACAGCCGUUUGUAAAGAUGGCCGGGAAGAUAAUUAUGUCACUGCUUCUGAGGCUCUUUUGGCUGGCAUGGUUGCCGGUGCCACAGAGACAUUCAUAAGCUCUCCAUUUGAACUCAUCAAGCUUCGUGUCCAGGUUGCCUCCGCUUCAUAUGUUCCAAGCUCUAACUUUGCUUUGGAAGAGGGAGCUCGCAAACCGCUAAUUGCAAGAUUACUCAAUGGCUGCUAUCCAGACAAGAAGUCUUUGAAUCAAUAUGUUGGUCUCAUGUCAACCCUAACAACCAAGAACACCAACAUUACAGGUGCUUUACUUGAGCAUCCAUGGGCAAUGACAGGAUCUGGGAGGCCACCAUCAGUUUGCAAUGUGAAAAGGCCAUCAGAUAUUAUAUCUUUGGAAGGAUGGAACACAUUGUGGAGAGGUCUCCGUUCUGGAAUAGUUCGAGAUUCUGUCUUUGGUGGUGUAUUUUUUUCAAGUUGGCAAUUUUUGCACCAAGCAAUGCUUGAUUGGAAGGCUGUAGGAAUGAAUCCUCCACCCAGGUUAAAUGAAGAAGUUGGUCCGUUGUCUCCUUGGGCUGUUAGUCUUGCUGCUGGAUUUUCUGGUUCAGUUGCUGCCGCUGCUUCUCAUGGUUUUGAUACUGCUAGAAGUAGAUCACAAUGUACUGUGCUUCCAAAGUAUGUUUCAAUGGAGAGAAAGCUACUAAAAUGGAAACGACCAGGAAACAAAUUUGAAAGAUUUACUGGAAUCCAUCCUUCCGACAGAAGUGUCCUGUUCCGUGGUCUCGGGUUGCGGAUGGCCCGCUCUGGUAUCGCAUCGUUCAUGAUUGUAGGUAGUUAUUUAUUCACUGUCGAUCAUCUUGCUUCUAGUUUGACUUAGUUGCCACAAAUUGUAACCCAUUUUUUUGUUAGUAGUAAAGUGAAAAUAGAAAGGAGAUAAAACUUGAUCCUUACCAUAAUUUAAUUUCAUACUGCUGUAGAAUAGAUACUCAUGCAAUUGUUAUUAUAUGUAAUAAAGCUUGUUGUACUAAGUAGACUUGCAAUUGCAAUACAAAGACAUGUUAUUUGGUUGUAAAAUUCAUACUUUUAUACCAGUGUGAAACCACAAAAAAGUUUGUCCUCCUUUUGUUUUCUUUGUAUUUGUAUAUUAAGACCUUGUCCUUUAAUCACCUUUUUUCCUAUUGGAUUACCCCUUUAUGUGGGGUUGACUUAUUUUGAACUUUUCUGUUGACCUUGGUUGGUUGCACUUGCAUGGAUGGAUUGGUAUAAAUAAACUUCACUCAAAAGCUACCUAGGUAUUGGCCUCACAAUCAUUCUCUCAAGUUCCACUCGUUGCCAAAAAAAGAAUAAUAAUCAUACCUAAAAAACAAGCAAGCAAAAGGCCAAGAGGGUUAGGAUAGAUUGGUACAUGUCAAACAUCUUGCCUUCACUUCCUCUUUUAUGUCUUUACAUACACACAAUUUUUGUUGGAAACAACCAAAGCUUUGUAUAUAAGAUGAAAUAACUUAGGCCCAUUUGAAGGGUUUUCAUCAUGCACAAUCAUAAUGACUUCCAAUAUGAUU